AGUUGUUCCGUGGUGGAGACUGGAGAAUCGGAGAUGAUGAUGAGGUCAUGGGUUGGAAGCCUUGUGUGUGUGUGUUGAGUUUCCAUGGUGUUUAGUAGGGUUCUUUUCCAUUAUUAGUGGCUGGAUGUGUUUUUUAUUUGGGGAUUUAUUGAUCAUGUGUUGUUGUGAGGAGAUGAGUGGGUUUGAGUUGUGGGUUCAGAAGUCAUGUGGAUUUGAGUUAUUAUUAUUAUUAUUAUUAUUAUUAUUAUUAUUAUUAUUAUUUGAGGAUGGGGAUUUAUUUGGGUUAGAGAGAAGUGAUUGAUGGGGAUUUAUUAUUAUUAUUAUUAUUAUUAUUAUUAUUAUUAUUAUUAUUUAUGGAUGGGGAUUUAUUUGGGGAUGCGGAUGAUGUGUGAGUCUGGAGUUGGUGUUCAAUGUAGCAGGUGAUUUUUUAGUAAAGAAUUAGCAAUUUAGCCUGGCGGGGAGGGAAAGGUUGGAGAUGAGAGUGGUUCUGUCUUCUCAAGCAGGUAGGGUUCUGAGUUCCACCGUGGUGAUGAUGAUGAUGAUGAUGAUGAUGAUGAUGAUCAGGGCUCAGGGUUUGAUCCUUGUUGAUGGGGAUGAUGAUGAUGUGUUGUGAGGAGAUCGAUGAGGUGGUUGUGCGAACGAACAGUGAAAUUUAGGAGAUGAGUGUUGUUUCUAGUGCCUGGACACGGGGAUUUUAUUUGGGGAUUUUUUUGGUUAAAGAGAAGUGAAAGUGAUUUGGGGAUAAUGUGAUGUGAUGUGUGUUGUGUACUUGUGAGGAGAUGAGGGGAUCGGAGUGUACCCUGGUGAUGUUGUUGGCACAGUACUAUGAUCGACCUGGAGCCUGGGGGUAACUGGUUUAUUACAAUAUUUCAGCAAAUUGCUUAUGUGGGCAACAACAUUGCUAUUCAAAUUGCUGCUGGAAGUAACCUUAAGGUAGGAUACUGAAAGCUACAAGAGGGAAAGAGACUGGGAAUAUUUCUGCCAAACAGAAUUAAUCUUUAGCUUCACUGAAAAAGCAGCAGCUGAAUACAAGUAAAGGAAAGAAAACAAGAAAAGCAUUGCACCUGACAUAAAUGGUUGCAGCUGUGACUGUGGUAUUGCCAAAUGAGUGGGGUAUGAAAAUUGAAUUUAACUGUACAAGCUCGCUAGAAUCACAUAAAAUUUGAGAGUUUACCUCAGGAGUAUCAUUCACUGAAAGAUGGUAUGAUCCGAGGAGAACAGGACUGGUACAGAUUUUCAAUCAGGAGGAAAGAUACAAUUGGUGGGAGAGUGAAUCAAAGGAUCGAAAGCUUGAAGCAGAAUUUUGAUCUGGAUGAAAUUAACAUACAAGUCAUUCUUAGAGAAUGGAACUGUCUCUCAGAUUAAGUUAGCAGGGUAUGGAAGACGACAUUGCCAUGCUAUCUCCUUAUAUUGUCAAGCUUCGAACAACGAAGAGCUCGAGCUUGCUGGCGAAAUGGAGGGAAGGGAACAAGCAAAGAUCAUUCAAUCCACGGCGGUGUUCGUUCCAGUUCUAUCCAUUGAUGACAAGUGUGGGGCUUGCAAUGCCGUCGCGGGUGAGAUUGAGCUUGGACUUUUGAGAGCUUUGUGUUCUGCUGCCAGAGUAUAUCUAUGCCUCUCCAUCAAUUGGAUGAUUUGUUUGCAAGGAUAUUAUAUGCUAAUAAAUAACACUGGUUGGAAACGCUGGACAAUUAAUGAUAGCGUUUGCUUGGGAGAACAGCUGCUUCAAACGCCCUAGUUCUGAGAUUAGUUAGAUAGAGGUGAUUGCAUGUUUCUAAUUAGGAUAAGAAAUUUAUCUUGUUUGAUCUUCUCAAUUGCUUGUCUCUUGAAAAAUAAUAAAAAUUCUUGGCUUCACGCACGCACUUCUCCAAGCUAAGCAGGAAGCUUAUUAUA